AGAUCAACACAAACACAGUUACCAUGUGCACCAAGAGUCUGAUGAUCUGAUCUACCGACAGUACAUGAGAUCUAAUCCCCCGCUCUCUCCAUGUCCUCUCAGCUCGUUUCUCCGCUCCAGCACGAUGACGGAACCGGGACCCAGACCCGUUACUCGGGAAGUAUCACCGGCGUCGGUACGGCCGGUUACCGAUCUGCUAAAUACACCCCCGCGGACUGGUUCCAUAACAACCAGUCCGUGCUGACCCGAACCGCGUCCGACCGAACCGCCGCCCAGCGCAUCCACCGCGACUCCACCGCGCUCCGGGCCGAGACCGAGGCCACCAUGUCCCGCCAGCAGAGCCACGGAACCCGGCUGCUGGGGGAGCGCCUGGUGGACAUCCACUCCCAGAAGUCUGAGCUGGAGCGGCACCUGGCGCGGCUGCACGCCGAGACCGAGCUGCUGUGUGCGGCCAAGCGGCGGCUGGAGAAGGCGCUGAACGCUACGGAGGUCCCGUUCAUGAUCAGCACCGAUAAUCUGAGCUGCAGGGAGAGACGGUUCGGUCCCGAUCUGGUUCAGGAUCGAGUGGAGGAGGAACUGGUCAAGGAACUGGACCUGAUCAGGAACGUCCAGGCUCUGCUGAAGGAAACUCUGGAUCAGACCGUCCAACAAAUCAGGUUGAACCGGGAGGCUCAGCAGGUUCUGGAACUGGACUGGUCCGACAAGCACGAGGCCUACGGUCUGGACGAUCGGUGCGGACGCUACCGCAACACCAGCACGGACACGCGGCAUCACGCUGCCUCGGCUACGGCACAACAACAGAGCUGUGACCCGGACGGGUGGGCGAGCCACACCCGGGGUAACCUGUCCCGGGCCGAGCGUGAGGAGGACGCCAGCGCGGCGCUUUUCCGGCUGUGUGAGCGGGUCCUGAGGGAGACCGCCGAGGACCUACGGGCACAGAGCAACAGCGUGGACGAGGCGUUUAUACAGCGCUGCCACGGGGUCCAGCACACCAAGAGAGAACUGGAACUACAGCUCACACAGGUGCUGGAACAGAUCAGUGUACAGGAGAGGAACGUCGCCGCCCUGCAGCAGUCGGUUCAUGAUAAAGAAGCUCCGCUGCGAGUGGUUCAGUCCAGGCUGCACCAGCGAGACCAGAGACCCAACAUGGAGCUGUGCAGGGACCCGGUCCAGAUCAGUCUCCUGGACGAGGCGGAUCAGCUCUCCAGCUGUGUCGGGGCUCUGCAGGAACAGCUGGAUGAAGCUCGAGCGUCCCUGGUCCGGCUGGAGGAGAGCAGGACGCUGCUGGAGAGGAACAUCGAGUGUAAAACACACUCACUUCUCAUCGACCGCCACAAGUGCAUGAAGCAGCGCACACACUACCCUGGUCAGGAGAGCCUGUCCGGGUACUGAUGAACACACACACACACAUACACAUAUAAAAAAAACACACGUUUAUAAUCCUGCUAUAUUCAGUUUGUGUGCUGUGUUGACAUUUUCUGAGUACUUUAAUAAACGUGUGAGGAUGUAUAAA